GUAGAGCAGAAAAUAAUUGGCCAUUGGCAUCGCUCCCCAGGCAAAGAGUGAAAAUGAUGGAUUUGGGAACCGGCCUUUUGUUGCCGAACAGAAAGACUAGUUUUAAGUCAGUGCGCAAAUGCCUCCGCAAGGGCAGAUCAAUGUCAAGGAAGCAGCAGUUUUGGUGCCAGAGGAGAAAAAGAUUGAAUAACACAAACAGAAGAAUUAUGGAAUUAAAAGCAGAGAUGGAAGGGAUCAGCCAAGAACAAAAACGCGUCAAGGAGGGGCAGGAGGAAGUAAGAGAAAAACUAAUAAAACUUGGAGCUGAAUGCGAUCAGCUCAGGAAGGAAACAGAAUUCAUAUUUAAACAGAGAGCUGAAACCCAGCUUCGACUCAACCUUAUCUUUGAAAUUUUGAAAGCAAAGAAAGACUGCAACCCCUCCAAAGUCACCAAUCUUAUUAUGCAUCUGCGGUUGGUCUAAUGAACCUUUUGAUUUUCCUCAAUUAAUUUCCUCAAUUCAUUAAUUCUGAAACAAGAUUACCAACUGAUUCUGUUAAUAUUGUUGAUCAGAGAAAAAAUUAAGAAAAGAAGAGGGUAAAAAAUAGAUAAAUUAGAACAAAUUAAUUGAUGUCCUGUUUGUGAUCAUCAUAAAUUGAUAAUUAUAAUUUUGUUUUCUUCCUUUUGUUGCCAGUGGACUUACGGGGAAGCAGAGCGAGACACAGUGAUCCUCAGAGAUAUGAUUAAGGAUUAAUUAAAAGUUGAUACUGAUUAUCUAUUUUUAAACUGUACUGUUAUGAUAUGAAAAUGCAGUUGUAAUCACUUUAAUAAUUGAUUUUUAAUAAAAUCUUUAUAUUUCA